GGUCAGGCUCGGCUCAGGGACACGGAGACACUCUCCUUGCAUCUGCUCCUGUCCCCUCCUCCUCUCCUCCUCUCUGCCUUUGGCCCCUGCCUCUCCUCCCUGAGCCCCCUUCCCCCACGCUCCCACGCUGCCCUCAUGAGCUGGUCCCCAGAAGAGUGCAGGGAGCAGGGCGAGCCCCCGGGUGACCGACAUGCCCUCUGUGCCAGGCUGGUGGAGAAGCCCAGCGGAGGGUCUGCAGAGCGCCCGGAGUCAGGCCCGGGACCCAUCCUCACCCGCAAGGCCUCGGGACCCGCCUUGGCCUUCUGGCAGGCGGUGCUGGCCGGGGAUGUGGGCUCUGUCUCCUGCAUCCUUGCCGACUCCAGCACUGGCCUGGCUCCGGAUUCCGUCUUUGAUACCAGCGACCCAGAGCGAUGGAGGGAUUUCCGCUUCAACAUCUGUGCUCUGAGAAUCUGGUCGCUGACGUACAAAGAGGAGCUGACCACCCCACUGCACGUGGCGGCCAGCCGGGGCCACACGGAAAUUCUGCGGCUGCUGCUGAGGCGGCGGGCGAGGCCAGACAGCGCCCCUGGGGGCCGCACCGCCCUGCACGAGGCCUGUGCUGCAGGCCACGCUGCCUGCGCCCACAUGCUGCUGGUGGCAGGAGCCGACCCCGACAUCCCUGACCAGGAUGGGAAGCGCCCCUUGCACCUCUGCGGGGAGGCCGGCAGCCUUGAGUGUGCAGAGCUGCUCCUGAGGUUUGGAGCAAAAGUGGAUGGUCGGUCCGAAGAGGAGGAGGAGACCCCUUUGCAUGUGGCCGCCCGGCUGGGCCACGUGGAGCUGGCAGACCUACUUCUCAGACGGGGGGCAUGUUCCAAUGCCCGCGACGCCGAAGGCUGCACCCCGCUGCUGGCCGCCUGUGACGCCCGCUGCACGUCCCCCGCUGAUGCCGAGGCCACCACCACCCACUGCCUCCAGCUGUGCCGCUUGCUGCUCUCGGCCGGGGCCGACGCCGACGCUGCCGACCAGGACAGGCGGCGGCCCCUGCACCUGGCCUGUCGCCGAGGCCACGCGGACGUCGUGGAGCUGCUCCUGUCCUGCGGCAGCAGCGUCAACGCCAUGGACUAUGGGGGACACAUGGCCCUGCACUACGCGCUGCAGGGCCCGGCUGCAGCCCUGGCCCAGAGCCCAGAGCGCACGGUGCGGGCGCUGCUCAACCACGGUGCCGUCCGCGUGUGGCCUGGGGCUCUCCCCAAGGUGCUGGAGCGCUGGUGCACGUCCCCGCGGACCAUUGAGGUCCUGUUGAACACCUACAGUAUCAUGCAGCUUCCUGAGGAGGCCGUGGGCCUGGUGCCUCCUGAAACUCUGCAGAAGUACCACCAUUUCUACUCCUCCCUCUUGGCCUUGGCGAGGCAGCCCAGAUCGCUGCAGCAUCUGAGCCGCUGUGCCCUCCGUGCUCACCUGGCGGCCUGCCUGCCCCACGCCCUGCCCCGCCUGCCCCUGCCAGCCCGCCUGCUGCGCUACCUGCAGCUGGAUUUCGAGGAUGUGCUCUACUAGCUCUCCUUCCAGAUGUCCACUGCCUUUUGAGAGAGACUGAAAGCAGACGCCCCAUGCCCUAGGGGAUGCCAGCCCACGGCUCACAGCGCCUGGAACUCAGGACUGAGUUCAACGGAUUCAGGUCGAGGUGGCCCUCUGAACAGGAGGUCCAACUCCACAGGCAGAUGUCGAUGCUGUCAUUCCCACCAGGAGAGGCAGAUGGGCCAUGUGACCAGGUGACAUCUGAUGGAGAGAGAGCCGGGACUCAUGGCAAAUGAUAUAUAUUCCUCUUGGGGGUCCCCAGAGGCCCCCUCCACCUUGUCCAAACCCUGUAUGCACAUUAAAAAUCUCCAGGCCUGUGUUA